CGGACUUUCAAGCAUGCAAUAAUGCCGUCCAAUCCAGGAAUGUCAACAUCACAACAAGCAUAAUGACGACAGCCAAUCUCUUUUAGCCUGAUGAUUACUGGACCAUUCGUAAGCAACACCUAUCCUAAAUCGUUGUAUAUUUUCCCUCCUCCUUGUUACCGUUCCACUUCAAUAUCUUGCGACCUUACAAGCCAUCAUAAUGAAGUUCUUCCAGCCCAUUGCCGCCUUUCUGUCUCUCCUCACCUCUAUUGCCCCGAGCGGGGUGAUGGCGGCCGAAGAAUCGGCAGCGAAUCAACAUCAGAAGGGCGAAACUGUGAAAUACCAAGGAUUGAAUCUCUAUGUAUCCAAGCCCGGAAGGUUUAAUCUUGGCCAUAAGAAGCCUGGAAAAAGAACUGGUGUUCUUUUUCUUACCGAUGUCUAUGGUAUCCAGCUGAAGGAGAAUAGAGAGCUGGUCGACAACUUCUCCAAAGAAGGCUUCGUCGUCGCUGCGCCAGAUCUUUUUCAGGGUAACCCAGCAAAGGAAACUCCCGACUUCAACAUCACCGAGUUCCUUGCCAAGCACCCCCCAAGUGUCACUGACCCAAUUGUUGCAAAAGCAAUCAACUACCUACGCAAUGAGCUCAAAGUGAACUCCAUCGCUGCAACAGGCUAUUGCUACGGUGGACGUUACGUCUUUCGCUCACUUGGUCAGAACGGCAAAGUUGAUGUUGGCUUUACUGCUCAUCCCAGUCUCUUGGCUACUGAGGAGAUCAAGGCUGUCAGAAAGCCCGUGUCCAUCGCUGGCGCUGCCGAGGAUCAAAUUUUCCCCCAGCCCAGGCAAGCAGAGACUGAAGCUAUCCUUACCAAGAUAGGCAAGCCUUUCACCUCGGUUCUGUACAGUGGUACUACUCAUGGUUUUGCUGUUCGUGCAAAUGCAUCGAACCCGCAGCAAGUCUUUGCUAAAGACGAAGCGUUCUAUCAAGCUGUUCGUUUCUUUAAUGCAUGGGACUAGUUCACAGUCUACAAGUUGCAGAUCAUGACCUCUUCCAAUCAUCAGCAGAGGCAUUUCCACUUUCCUUCUCUUGCACGGAGUCCUGGCACAUGACAAGGACUAUGCAUCAUAUAGUUACCUAAUAACGAUUUCCAUAUUUGCCAAAGCCACAGCCAUUUCCGCUUGAAUCUAGACUGGUCUGAGACAAACUAGCUCUCUAUAUACACCGUGAUCCAUAUUCGUGAAG